GUCCCACGACCAUGCACAGAGCACAGCCAAGCGGAUGAGUCAUCCUCCAUUCUCUUGCUGGGGGCUUCCAAAACAAUCCGACGACCUUUCCUCGACAGGACCCUCAGUCAGCUGUCUGUUUCCGCUUCUUCUGACGGUUUCCACCGGCGCCGCGCUCGAUUUCUUUUUCCUCCUUCUGCACUGACUGGAUGUUGAUUGACUGAUUGGCGAUAAUUCCCAUGUCGAGGACGCGGCCCCUGCUGGACCUGCGGGAGCAGCACCUGACCGAUGUGGACCUCUCCCUCUAUCCAAGAGUCGAAGAAAUAGGUCAGCAUCGACGUCAACCAACAACGCUCAUCUGCAAUGACAGUUGUCUCAAUCGGUUGUCUGUGUCGAUCCGUCCGUGUGUGUGCCAGUUCUGGAUGACAACCAGCUGACGGCCAUCCGCUCUCUCCCCCGUCAGGUUCAUAGUCUGUCCUUGCGCAGCAACCGCCUGCCCGUCAUCAGCGAGGCGUUCGGCGAGGCAUCGGCGCUGCAGGCCAUCGAUGUGGCCCAGAACCGGCUGGUCGCUAUCGACCAUCUGGCGCGCUGCUUCCACCUGCAGCACCUGGACCUCAGUGGCAACUUUCUCGCCGAUGAGGCGCUCAGCUGCCUGGCGGGACUCAAGGUGAGUGGGUUGGCGGAGGGCCAACGAGUUGGAAGCGGAUUGAUUGUGGCAUUCCAAUUGAUUGUCUGCGCGUGUGUGUGUGUGUGGAUCAGUCGUUGCGUCGGCUGUAUUUGCGCAACAAUCGUCUGCAGGAGGCGGAGGUGUUCUUCCCGUGGCUCAACCAAAUACCCCUAGAGGUGAACGAGCGACUGAUGGAUGGAUGGAUGGUAGAUGUGUGUCGUAUUGUGUGUCGGUGUUGGUUUGCAGGAGCUAGAUUUGUGUGGGAAUGCGUUGAGGGACGUGAUGCCCUUCCUCCGGGGGGCUGCCUUGAGGUGCCUGUGGAUCGCCGGCAACCAAAUCGACACACUAGUCAUCAAGUCUGUCAACCACACACACACACACACAGAGAGAGAGAGAGACCACCGUUGUCCUGUGUGUGUCUGUGUGUGUGUGUGGCCAGACACUCCCUGCCCGCAUUGGAGCUGCUGGAUGCCCGGGACAACAUCAUCGCAGGUGAAGGCAAUAUAUAUCAGAGCUUUGUACUUCCCGCUGGUGGCGAUUUGUCUACUGUGCUCUCCUUGCGUUCAGUGGUUGACGGCUUGCCGCGUGCUCCUGUGCUGCGUCAGCUGCUUCUCGACGAUAAUAACAUCACGCCAUCAAACAUCGACCCACACCUGCAGGUCACUACCAUACCAUCCGACACACAAGGCACUUUGAAGACCCCUCCAUCCGUUCAUCGAUCAUUCCGUGCGUUUCAGCACCAGGAACUGACUUCGGUCUUCCUCUCGCGCAACCGACUCGGCCACAAGCCAGCCACGGAAUCAUCGCCCUCUCAGCGCUCACCGCCAUCGACAUCGAUUGACCCGCCCAUUUCGCCAGACCGGCUCAGGUCACAGUAUGCAGCCCCAGGCGCAGCGUCGCCCGCCACUGGCGUCACCAAUGGCCGGUCGCCGCCCUCGAUGAGCAGAAGCGGGUCGAGUGGGUCGCCUGGUCGGUGGGGUGGCGGCAUGGGAGGCGUGGAGAGGUGGCACUGGCACAUGGGCCGGCUGCAGGUGCUGGAUUUGAGCUCCAAUGGGCUGACAAUGGUGCCUGACUUGAGGGGAUGCCGGGCGCUGGAGUCUCUGUCCCUCAGGUGAGCAGGGAGGGAGGGGAGCGAUCGCACACAUCAAGACGUGUUGGUUUGCAGGGACAAUGUGUUGGCGUCUUUGAGCGGCAUGGCGACCAGCGAUGAGCCCUUGUCGAGCCUGACCUUCCUAGACGCAGCGUACAACGCCAUCCAGGACCUAGACGCUGCCACACUGGCGACCUUCGGUACGCAAUAACUGCUCCACACACCAUUCUUAUAGAUAGCAGAUUCAUGCUGCGUAUGAUGGUCCAUCAGGUUCGCAGCUUCGCACUCUGCUCCUGAUGCGCAAUCCCAUUGGCAACUGCGACAGGCUCAUUCAGACAUUCCAAAGCGGAGAGGUACGAACACACACAAGAUGGCACAUGGCACAGGUGACACCAUUUCAGUUGCUGUGUCCUUGUCCCAUCAGGCCGGCGAGCUCCGCCAUUUGGAUCUGCGUGACACUCCGCUGACAUUCGCCUUCUAUCCGGGCUCUCAGGUUUUGCCGGCCAACCCGUGGGAGACGACGCUCGACAUCGCCUCAUAUGACCUGGAGACCGCCGCAGGCAUGCCAAUGGACGACGCCACUAUGCUGGCCAGAGACCAAUACAGGUGGGGAACCCAUGUGCACAAAGUUCCCUGUCCUGUUCUCUCCCUUGUUCUCAUGUGAGUGGGUCCCUUUCAAUGGUUGUCUCAGGGCGUCUCUGUUGGCCGCGUGUCCGCUGCUUCAGACCCUCGAUGCCAUCCUGGUGUCGACGCACGACAGGCGCCGCAGCACCGACACGCCCCCACUCAUUCCCAAGCCCUCCCCCCUGCCAGACAAACGGCUGUCGUUCAACUCGCAGGGCCUGGCCCUCCUGCCGCCACCGCCUCCCUCACACACCACCCUCGAGGACGGCUUCGCGUCAGUGACCCACCGGCUGAGGGAGAGGCCCUCCGGCAGCUUCGUCCUGGAGAGCACCAUGGACGUGUCGCCCAAGCAGGGGGGCACCAAGGCAUCGCCAUUCCUGACGCUGACCAACCCCCAGGAGCUCGGCAGCUCGUUCGAGGCCUACUUCAUGAACCCCGCCAGGCACAAGGGCGGCCAAGGGACUUUGCCGGUGGAGCCGCCGUCGGUGUCGCCACCAAGGACGCCGCCCCAGCCGACAUCGCUGCAUGGGCCGACGGGGCAGGUGCAGGACAUCACCACCGGCUACCCCACGAUGCAGCCAUCGGACCUCAGGUACAGCAAAGAGGCGGUCCACUUCCACCUCGAUCCUGAAUUCGACACCCCUGUGGGCGCACGUGAAACCCAUGACGGCUCCCCGUCCGGCGGCACCGACCUCAACAUGACCCCGCGCACUCGGCAGCGCCGCACCUGUCGUGUGUGGAUCCUGGCGCCCAGCAAGCCCGCCCACCUGCCGCCCAACAGCGUCACUGUCCCCUACGACAUGGGCAACGAGGGGGGGACGCUCGUGCUGUCGCAUGAGGCAUCGUGGGAGGAGGGCGGCGGUGGCUCGCCCACACGCACAUCCAUCCAGCGGGCUGGUGGGCCGAGGCGGGAUGCGAUGGAGGCUGACGACGGGUCAUCUCCUGAGAGGCCGAUGGCGACGGACGUUCAUGAACGGCCGCCAGCGCCGUUGCCGACAGGGGAGGUGCCGCAAGCCCUCCAUCGUGCGAUGGGCGAUGCAACGGCCCAGUACCGGUGGACGUCAGCUCCGGCAAUGGAGCAGCGACGGCCCGAGAAGCCUCAAGAAGGGCUGGGAUGGUCCGGGAGCAUCGUGUACGUGGAGACCCCCAGCCCCCAGCAGACGCAAAUGCGGCGAGUGUCUGCCCCCGUCAGUCGCAUCAGGCCCCAUCUUAGUAUGUCGCCAACAUUCAAGCGUGCGCCCCUAUCGACGUCGAGUGACGAGGACGAGAGGCUGCAGAAGGAGCGACUGGCUGGCCGUGGCCGCCCCAGCGAAGAGAGCGAGUCGCUCCACCUGACGCCGCCGGCAGGGAGGAGCGACGGCGGCACUCCUGAUGGGUCGACAGGGGCGAUGCGGCCACGUCUGGUCGGCAAGGCGUCGCUCGAGAGGAUUCAAGAGCAUGAAGAGGAACACAUGCAGCAGGAGUCACCCCACUCUGGCGGUCAAGCCCUCCGCAUGAGCCGCAUGCCGUCUCGAGCUGCCGCCUCCCAGGCGCUGUCAUCCCAGCCCUCUCUCCAGCCUGCUGCCUCACCCUCACGCGACGGCCUGAUGGAUGGAUCUCCACGCCAGCCGGACAGCGGGAGGCUGCCGCCUUCUCGAGGCCAGAGCACCCGGAGUGUUGCCGCAUUACCGGCUGAGGAAGGCGUCGAAAGAGACGGCCGUCAGCCCUCUCGUCACUCUACCAGAAGGGGCGACACGACCCUCAGAACAACACCUGACCGACAGUCGUCUCGGGAAGCCGCCAGAGAGUAUCGCGAGAUGGGUGACGAGAGGAGGCCGGCCAAGGAGGACAGGGGAGCCCACUCCAUCUCUCGGUCACGUACGUACGAGCCGCCAUCUGGCGCUCGAGCGGAGCCGCGCCAAGGUCAUGUGGAGCGGGCCAGGACGGACCGCUUCGACGGCGUGAUGGAUGCUGCAGGGUCGACAGGGGCCUUCCACAACGGGGAUGGAGCUCCAGCUGCAGCUGCGCGCACCGCUACCAGAGAGGAUCCAACAAGGGAGGACAGCCGACCCGACGGCCUGUCGCCUUCCAGCCCGUCACCGAGGAGGCACCCUGACAUGAACUACCGGCUAGACGACGCACAACCAUCGCGUGGACCAUCCCGUGCGCCAUCUUCCAUGCCCGUGUCGCCGUCAGCCGCGAGGCAGAGGGCCGUUGGUCCAGGUAUGUCAAGAACGGACGGCUUUGAGGCUCACAGGCCACCAGAGCGGGACCCGCGUGGGCAGCGAGGCUUCGACAGUGGCUACGACAGGUCGGCUGCGGCGUCCCGAGCCCGCACACGAGAAGACAUCACCUCUGACGGACGGGAUGAAGCAGUCCUCAGGGAGUAUGUGUCGCACGAUGAUGACAGCGGCCCACAUGACCGUCAGGUCCCUGCCACCCGAUCACCAUCCAGGCGCGCUGAGACGAGCUACCAGCCAGAGGAUGCGCAGCCACUAGGUGUGCCGUCACGCGGACCGUCCUCUCUGCCCGUGUCGCCAUCAGCAGCGCACCACGUAUCCUUCGGUCCAGACGGGGCCGAUAGUUUUGACGAUGGUCGGAGGGGACCUGCCAUGGAUGAGACGCUUGAGGGGCGAUUGACAAGGACCCUAGGCGAGGGGGAGGUGGCUGCAGCCGACGAGCGUGAACACAGAGGGUCGGCUCCAUCGCGGGGCCGCACCCAAGAAGGCCUGCGGUCAGAGGCAGCGAGGCCGCAGCCCUCAAGCGAGGACAUGCAACGAUACGAUGAAGGUCCUGUCAGCCGAUCGCCAAGCAGACGGGUCGACAUGGGCUACCAGCCAGAUGCUGAACUGCCAUCGCCCCAGCGUCAGCAGCCCUCACGUCAGCCGACACUGCAAGGCGACACGGCCGCCGCAGGACCAGUCGACAGACAGCCGUCGAGGCAGCUAACAGCCGACAGGCAUCAGGCGGAGGACGAUUGGCAGAGGAGCGACGGUCUCAGGGAUGAUGGUGUCUCACGCUCUCGGACACACGAGCCAUCGCGAGAUGGUGCGGGGUCUCGAGGACCGUCUUUUCAUGCCGAGAGGGCCAUGACGGACCGAUUUGACGACAGGCAAGGAGGGCCGAUGCGCGAGAGGGAGAUGCACGAGGGCGGCAGUGAAAGAGAAGUAUAUCAGCGUGACCAGCGGCUGCCUGGAGCCUUCCGAGCUCGCACACGAGAAGACAUCGGCUCUGGUGGAACGGACCAGGACAUGACGAGGGAGGACAUGUCGCGCCAAGGCAGCCGACGGGACGGCGGGGGCUCGCCUGUCAGCCGAUCCCUGUCCCGCCCAGCAGAAGAUGAUCAGCCAUGGCCCCAAUACAGCCGGGAGGAAUCACGAGUGCCUUCCUCCAUGCCUGUAUCGCCAUCAGCAGCGCGGCAGAAAUCCCUGCGUCCAGAGAAGGUGCCGACGGAGCGAUUUGAUGACGUUCGCGGCGGGUCAAGAGAGGGGCGGUUCCAAGAGGGACUGCGCGAGAGGGAGGCGGGGCUCGGUGACGGUGGGAGAACGGACUAUGACGGUGAAGGCGGCCCUGCGGCAGCUUCGCGCGGCCACACGCGAGAUGACCUCAUUUCUGAUCGAAGCCAGGAGGUCACUGGCCAUAUUGUCUUGCGUGAGGACAGCCGAUACGAUGACCGACCGCCUACCAGCCGGUCACCGAGCAAGCACACUGAUCUGCGCUACCGGCUAGACGACGCGCAGCCAUCGCGUGGACCCUCUCGCGUGCCAUCUUCCAUGCCCGUGUCGCCAUCGGCAGCACAGCAGAUGAGGCACGAGAGGGGGCAAUAUCGGCAGCAGAGCUUCCGGCGGGAUGGCCGCCCUGAUGAAGCUUUCGACGAGCGACACUAUCCAGCAGACGACCGUGAAGACCGCCGCUCGCCAUCCCAUAGCGAUGUGGCCCCUUUCCGUUCCAAGGCGGGCGAAGGGCGCCAGCGCACUUACAGCUACGACGAUCGCAGUGCGGCGUGGCCACCGCCCAUCCCCAUGCGUGAUGCCAGCCAGUCCAUGACGCCCCGACGCGACGAUGACGACGGCUACGUCCGACCGCCUGCACAGAGGCCUGAGGACGAGAGGCUGCCGUUGCGGCACAACCAAGACGAAGGGAGAGCAAUGGGCCCACCGGCCAUCGCCGACAGGAGAGCGGCGGAAUCCUUUCAUGAAGACGGCAAGGGGAGCGGGGGUAGUGGGUCGCCGACUGCUCGAGUGUCUUUUCCGGACGCCCCGGACGAGCCGCCUGGUGCGCGCGGAGUCGACAUGCAUUACCGGCGAGGGGGGACAGAAGAGGACGGCCGCACCGAUCGGGGCUAUCCGCCUCACGACAAGCCCACUGGUGCGGACAGGCGCGACGAUUAUGUAGAGGAAGACGAACGGCGAGGAGACGCCAUGGGUCAGCAACGAGGACGGGACGGGCGGCAAAUGGCAGGGGAGGGGAGAAGUGAGUCGUUUGUUGAAGGUGCCAGGGGCAGGGAUGACGGUUUGCCACCUGCCCGAGGGGGUUCCUUCCGAGAUGGGCCAAGGAGGGCUGACAUGUACGGCAGCCGCGAGCCUACGAGGGAUGGCCAACGAGAGGUGGAGCUUCAUGGGCGCGGUCCAUCCACUCAUGAGCUGGCAGCAGAGGACGACGGCUUCCCGGAGCGGGUCAUUCACUUCGAGGGCACGGCUUCCAUCCACGACUCACCAAGGUCACCUGGUCGGCAGCGAACACGGGAGGCUGCUGACAUCGAUGACUUUGCGGAUCGCGGCCGCUCAGCACACGACCUGCCAUCUGCAAGGGAUAGAUAUGACGAGCGUGCCGUGGAUCAUCAGAGGGGUGCCUCCUUCUAUGCAGGAGAUGUGAGCCGUCAGCAGUCCCAGCCAGCGCCGCUUCAACCCUCUCGGGGCCCGACCGCCCAGCUGUCGCCACGGCAAGCCACUCGGGGAUCAGCACACAUGGAGAGGGGCCAGACAUACCAGGAACACUAUAAGGAUUAUGAUGGUGAGGAAGAGCCGGAGCAUGAGACGCUUUCCCGCCAGCCUUCGUCUUAUCCCCCAGCCGCUCGGGACAGCCCAGGUCGAUAUGACAGCAGACGGGACCUGGAAGACGCUCGUGGUGCGAAAGACCUGUCGCCGCAGAGGAGCCGCGAACCCCUAUCAAGUCGGCAAGCCUCGCGACCCCUCUCCAGUCGACAGCCGUCAGGCCCGCCGCAUACACAGCGAGAUGAAUAUGACCGGCCGUCAAGCCGCGAUCUCCAUCCAGGCCCUUUCCGGUCUCGCGAUGACAUGAGAGGUGCCGCAUCGUACGCUGAGACCGAUCGGGCGCUGUCGAGACCGACCACGAGACAGCGGAGCGAGGCUGUUGUGGAUGAACAAGACGACACCGCACUUCGGCAGCAGCGAUCAAUGGGGACACGUCGAGAAGAGGACGGCAGGUCCCCGGCUGGGAUGGGUCAGCGGCUUCCCUUUCACAUCUCUGAUGGGCGUCAUCUUGCCCCCUCAGUCGCGGCAUCGCGUCAGCCCACAGGCGAGCAGAUCGCAUACUCGCGCGAGCGGACCCGCGAAGAACAGCUGCCGCCUGAGGAGGAGCGGGUCGACACGUCGCAUCGACCAGCCCGCGAGAGGGAUCAGAGGCCGCCCCCUCGAUCCGACAGCUCGCCUCUCGGACCAGACGAACGUCCCCCUGGCCGCCCACAAGCUGGUCGCACCCAGACGUGGAGCGCUGAGGCUCAGGAGGGCCCGACACGGACGUCCACAAUGAGAGCGGCAGUGGAUGAUCGCAGCGGCAUUGAUGAAGGGGAGGUCGCUGCAUGGAUUGCCGAGUUCCUCGACACGAUGGCUGCCGAGCUAUCUGGGCAGGGCCCGCACAUCCAGGGAGGAGAAGGUGUCGACGCGGGGACGGCUGCGCUCUUGAAGAUCGUCGCAGAGGCGAGGCCGGCGGGUGGAAGGGACGGGCUGCCGGGGCGUGCGGCAACGCUCCAGCCCGAGCGUCUGCGUGAUUUGUCCCGGCAACUGAGUGCGCCCAACAUGAGCCGGGCUGUGGCUGAAGCGCUGCGGGCAAGGCAGGAGGCAAGACAGCAGGCCGGGCGGCAGCAAGGGCAACAGGCACCACACGAGAGACAGGAAGGGGGCACCAUGCCACAGGCCGACACGGAUGGGCCAGUGUCGCCCGAGCAGCAGCAGCAGGGAGAGCAGGCUGGCGAGGGUCAGGUUCGGUUCGCCGAGGCAACUCAGGUGUUAGCAGAGUCUCAGGUGCCCCACCGAUCGUGGACGGUGGACAUGCUGCGCCAAGACCAGGUGCAGCGCCCAUCCGACGACCUGCGAAGAGUGGUAAGUGUCAGUGCAGUGCAUGCUAUACUUUUGCGUUGUCAACCCCAACCUGGCCACUCAUGCGAACACUCCAUCGCUGCGUACGUUGUGUUGUGUGUAUUCCCAUUCAUUCAGCGAACUGGCGGCGGUGCUGACGAGGCGAGGCGUGAAGGUAUGGCGACGCAGCCCUCUCGCGAGACGGCCCUCAGCCCACCGCUACCCGGCCGGCCGCUGCAGGCGCUGCCCUCAGGGGCAGUGGAGAGCGAGGCGCCUGACCUCUCUCGGCCCAGCACCAUGGCAUGGGACGCCUCGCCACGACAGCCCAGUGAGAGGGGAGCCGACGAGUACCCCAGUGACCGGGAGGGCACCACCGCCCGGCAGCCAACACAGAGUCGUCCAUCGUCCAGGGCCGCCACCUCUGCGUACCCCUCUCGGCUCGGCACGGGCGACAGCAUCCCAUCGGAUGAGUCGCUGGAGAGGCAGAGGAGCCGGAUUUCGGACAGGAGUGGCCGAAUGGGCGAUACAGAAGAAGGGCAGCGGCCGGCACCUGCCGAUCAGGCGGCUCACGAACCUGCGGGGGGCCGCCCGCCUGAGCGCGUUGAUGCGUCGCAAGCGCCCGUCGAGUACGCUAUGAGUGACGAGGGCUUCAGCGUUGUCGAGGCUCCCCAGCCACCACCGCAGCAACAGCCACCACCGCAGCAACAGCAAGGCGGCCCCCCGCAGUCUCGUCAUCUCGGCAGCAGCCAAGAAAUGUCCUGGCGGUUUCCUCCCGGCAUUUUCCAAGACACCCCCUUCUCAUCAGCCACAGUGUCGCGGGAGAGCCUGGGCGAGGUGAUCCUGUCCAGCGACCCUCCCUCACGGCAAGGGACGGACAGGUGGGGCCGCGGACAGGCCCCCCCGCAGCGCCACAUCGGCACGCAGCCCUCGUCACUGCUCACACCCGUGACUGAGGAGCCAGACGAGGAGAGCCACCAGGAGGACAGGAAACAGCCGCCCAGAGACCAGUCCACGUCGACAUCCGACCUGACGGAGGACAGCACCAAGAUGAUCGAGUCGCGCCAGCUGCCACCGCGGCCGUCGGGUGCUCCCAGACGACACACAGGCGGCGACAGUCCUGAGGAGGGUGGUGGUGCCAUGCCGAUGCCGCCAGAGGCAGGAGCCGUCCGUCUCAGAGACGCCGGGGUGCAGGCUGAGUACCAUGAGGUCGGCGGGCCGCUACUAGAGGGCCCAAUCAUGCCAACUCGAGCACGGCAAGAGGGAGCCGCGGCGGCGGCUGCUGAUGCUGUGGGCCGUUGGAUUGGUGAGACCACCAAGGCUCCACGCAGCUAUGGGCCACCAACCGAUGACGGACCCGCCCGAGGAGGCCUGGAUGAGCAGGGGUCGAUGUCAGCGGGAGUGUCUCAAGGAGCGACCAUGGACAGCGCCUCCUUGUCUGGCUCGCCUGCCGCUUCGAUUGCCAGGGGUGCCCCCGACAUGCACAUUCGCGUCGUGUCGGCCGCCGGAGAGUCCCUGGACCGCCAGCCAUCACAACCAGGGGCAGAGGAUGGGGGUAUUUCGCCAGCAUCCCAGCGCAGCCAAGCGGCCUCCGCGAGCAGGCAGCCUACACUCUCACAGCAGGCCUCUCACUACCCGCAGCCAUCCCUGGCAGAGCAGCCGUCAUCACUCUCACCGCAAGGCAUCCGCGGGGAGGAGGUGCCCUUGGGAGCAGCACGGACUGUGAGCAGCCAGCCGAUGGAAAGCGGAGCUGUGAGUCGUCUUGGGUCUGCUGGCGAGCCUGAAGGAGGUGCAGGGGAGUGGGAGGUGAUUCAAGAUGCUCAGCAAGCUGCAAGAGGGGUGUCAGGUGAGGAGCCUGCAGUGGGCCUCACGCGCUGCCCUGCAGUGACGGACCUCCACAUGACGCCUGACCUGAGAGAAUUCCGGCAAAGCGACACUGCAGCGGUGAGAGGUGUCCAACCGUCAUCCGCAGCCCAGCAACGCACAGUGAGGGCGGAGGGACCGAAGCCCGUCAUGGACACUUCAGAGGACACCCUUCCGGCCCAAGCACCGACUACGCAGCCCCCGUCGCAAAACAGAAGGCCCGACGACACAGCGGCACCAAUCAAGCCGGUCGUCGCGCAGCCACGUAAAGGAGUGGCCGAGUCCGGCCCAUGGGCAGGGCAGCUGAGGCAUGACGCAGCCGGCACAUCCCCCUACCGACGGGUCGUCUCGGCUGGCGCGGGUGGUCAGGGACUACAGAUAAGAGCAACGGUCGAUGAUACUACGGUUCCCGCAGAGGAUGUGCGCUUCCCAGCUGCCCCUUCUGCCGCACCUGCUGUGCCUGGUGGGGCACCUGAAAGCCCUGAGGACUGGCAGAAAGCGACGUCACGCGGAUCACCUGCCACGCCAUUCUUCGGUCAUCCCGCAGCCAGCCGCUCCCCUGCUGUCACUGCACGGCCUCCACAGGAGCCGACCAGCGCUGCGCAAGUCGUUGCAAGACCCCUUGACCAACGCAUCGAGAGCGGCGAACAGGGAAAGACGGCGUCGAUAGAGGCACAGCGGGAGUUCCAGGGUGAUGGCAGCACUUUCUCCUUCGAUGGAGAGCGCAGGGAGACGGCCCAGCCACCAACGCGGCAAGAGACGGGGCAGGUGCGAACCCCCACACGACACGUACACAAAAUUCACGGAUUGGAUUGGGUUGUCUCGUCUGUGGUCGCUUUCCUUCAGGCUGCCCCGUUGCAAAGCGACGCAGAGCGGCAGAUGGCGGGCAGGCACAGCUUCGUGGACGACAUCCGCCAACGCAUCCAGGAGGUGACUCCUGCUGCAGCUGUCCCGCCACCUGCUGGGCAGCUCCUGAGCACAUCGCCAUCGCCAUCUUCACCGCCGGUUGCCAGCGGCCUCUCACCGGCAAGCACCGCCCCGCGGCUCACGCCCUCGCCUGCUCUCGCCGGCCCAAGCAGUCUGGCGUUCGAGCAGCUGCCCGCCUCUGCAUACCUGCCACCAGCAAGAGCGACCCCCACAGCAGCACUGCCGCCAUCCCACGGCCGGAGGUCCCCAGAAGUGGCUCAGGCAUACAAUGACCUGGCGGCGCUGCGCGGCGAUGUAAGGAGAGGGGCUGAGGCGAGAGCGAGAGACCCCCAUCUGCUACCGCCCCUCAAGCCGCCCUCCCCAGGGCCGUUCGGCAGCCUGAUGGGGGCGCAGACCGACAGGGGGCUGCCGAGCCACCACCCAAACACCACAGAGGCUGCGUGGCGUGACGAUCGUGCCAGCAGCUUGCGCGAGGGCUUCCUCACCUCGCGUGGGCGGAGACCUGUGCGCGGGGCGAGGCGGCUGCUCGACUCGGCCGAGUAUCUCAGGUACCUGCAGGAGCAGAAGGAGGACGUCCUGCGCCGACUUGAUGCCGUCCGGGCCGACCUGCGUGCCCCUCUCAAUGUGGACGCUGCCAUUGGUCUGGGAUCCGUGUCGUCAGCAUCCUCUGACAUGCACGUCGAAGCGGCGGCCUACUCUCGCAUAGACGACCUGAUUGCUGGUGACAGAGACCCACUGGCCCUCACCUACACCUCUCCCGGAGCCCGCCACACUGCCUUUGAGGACGUCGAGACACAGCUGCUGCUGGACUCCAUCAGACGGUCGUCGGAGGAGGCGGCCAACGUGAGGCAGAGGAGCUGGCGUUCGCGUGAGGCAGAGGAGCUGCGCGACCAGCUGCUCCAACAGAGACGAGGGAGGGCAUUGCUGCCGGAGGACAGCACUGACCACGAGCCCCCAUGGCCGCCACGACCGUCUCGGAUCCAUGCCCAUCUCAACCCAGAGAGGAAUCCUCAUGCGGCUGCAACCUCCCUCCCGCCCACCCCACUGGUGCCUACGAGGCCGACCGAGAGCGUUCCCGGCUUCGCCGACAUCUCACUGCAGCCGACAGGCAUCAUGCCGAGUGCGUUGCCCCCCCGGAACCUUCAGACCCUGUCCUUGCCCCGGCAGGCAUCCCCUCCGACACGCGUCAAGAUGAGAGCUGGCGAUCGUGAAAGUGGCCUCCCGUUGCCAUCGCGCGUGCCAUCACUCAGCGGCACAGCUGCUCAGGGGCGCUCAGAGCCGCUUCAUUUCGGAGGGGAUGAGAGAGUGAAGGGCAUCCUUGAGGGAGUCCAGCGUCGGGUGGCUGACCGAGACGAUGGCCUGACGCCUUCAGACGUGUCUGCGUUGCUGGAGCAGCUUGUGCGCGACGUCGUCGCGACUGCGGGGCCUGGUGGUGGAGGGCCUCUGGAGGGCAUGGAGAGGGUGCUCCGGCAGGCGCUAGAGAAGGCACAAUCCUUCUAUGGACAGGGUGGGCGCCAUAUCAGAAAUAUCGGCAUCAAUGGGUUUGCCCACUUCCUCCCCUUUGUGCUGUGCUUGCAGGUAAGGGUGGAGCGACCGUCAUCACCCGCAGCGCCUUCUUGGCAGUGGCCGAGUGGGCAGCCAAUCAGCUACGCCGCCUGCAGGACGGCGUGCAGGAGGUGCGACAGCUCAGCCAGCGACCUCCCGGUGUCGACUCGUCCCGUCUGCUGCAGCAAGGCGUCUCCAUCACGCCACACCAGCCUGCCCACCCCUCCGACACCACCCUCCCCGCCCUCUCGCGGCCAGUGUCCCCCUAUCGUGCUGCCCAUGGGAUCGUCCCCGAGCCCGUGCUCUCCUUCCGUGACGAUCCAUUGGAGCUCGACCAGAGGGACGUCAUCGCACCGUCUGAGAGUGGGCCGCCGCUGUCUGUGCACAUGGGGCGGGUGGUGGGGAGGCCGACGGGAGAUCGCAAGGCGGCCACCCUGCUCGAGUACGCCGUGCGCAAGCCACUGCAGCUUCGCUGCAUGAGGGGCACCGACGGGUCGGCGAUGAGGGACGCCACGCUCGUGUGUGCCGUCGUCGAGAGCGACGAGAGGAGACAAAUUGAGGUGGGUGGGUGGAAGCAUGAUAAAGCAGGAAGACGGGAAUGUGCCCACUUGUCGCUUGUGCGGCGACAUGCAUGUCGUCGGUGCGGUGUGGUGCAGGAUAUGAUAGAGUCGCAGUCACACAUCCCCGCUGCCACAGGCCCCUUCUUCACCCGACGCAUCAUCAAGACCUACGCGCCCCGGCUGCAGGCAGGAAUCGCCCGGCUGUGUCGGCGCGACUGUGCCGCCCUCAAGCCCGCAUACCGAUACAGCUAUGGCGACCGCAGCGUUUCUGCCGGCACUGGCGAAGGGGACGACUCGGAGAUCGACGAGGGGGUGGUCACGUGCGAUGUGCCCCGAUGUGUCCUGAACAGCCUGUUUGUGCUGUUCUAUGCCGCCCCGACGGAUGCUCUCACCAAGAUCGUGACUUCGCCCUUCGGCUUUGGGGCGGUGAUGGUGGAGGGGAGGGACGGGAGGGGAGUGCAGGGCUGUGCGGCCGUCAAGGUCCUGCACUUCGCUGAAGACCUUGUGCAGGUGAGAUAGAUGGCCACGAUGAAGCCAAGAAAUAAGGAAGGGGGCCUCACAGCUGCUCAUGUGUGUGUGUGUGUCUGUGUGUGUGUGUGUUUAGGCUGAGACGCUUCGGUUUCUGACAUGGGGUCCCGAGCAGACGCCGCCGUCGGGGUCGAAGCGGCUGCCGAUCAAGAGAGUCGUGUUGGCUCUCGUCGCACUCGGCAACUGCCUCACCGCAAUGAUGUCCUUCCAGGUGAGAGCAACACAUCGCCCCGACUCUGUGUGGUGCCGUAUGUGUGGUGGUCUGGUCUGUUCAGCAUGCCCUUGAGACGGUAGAGGGUCAGCGGCUGUUCUGCCGCGCUGACGAGCGGGGCUACGAUUCGGUGUUCUUCCCGGAUGUGCGUGUGUAUUCCAUCCUGAUACCGCCAGAGGCGCAGACCACCAACAACCCUCACGCCCCACCGUACGCACAGACGAGGGAGGAUGCAGGCAGACACACACACAGGCAGGCGGGGGACACUCAAACCACGACACGGCUUCUUCUCUGUGUGUGUGUGUGUCUGUGUGUGUGCAGCUUCUAUCGUGCCAUUCCUGGGUAUCUUCUCGAGUACUGCGACAGCACAUGACGGCAGGGGCUAUGUCAUGUUGCCGACGAUUGCUGGAUGGCUUGCUGACAAGUACCGUAGAGUGUGUAAUGUAAGGCACCGACCGUUGUGAAGGAAGGUAAGGUAGCUUCCGUCUGUGCUGCGUCGCGUCCCGUGUCUGAUAGCUAGGCUGGUGUACAGUGUAUAGCUGUCUGUGCUGUAGCAUUCCAUCCAUCUCUAGCUACGUACGCACUCCCCCACUUAGUUGGGUGCCAUCCGUUCAUUCAUUCCUCGUAUCCCGACUCCCAUUUGGUUGUGAUUCGGAUCAGUCUGUGUCUGCAUGCAUGGCAAUGAUUGCAUCCCACAUUUGUGUCGUGUGAAUAUGCUGUCCUUUGCCUGUGCCCGAAUGCCACGAAUGGAGGCCGAGACCCGACCCCACAGG